UCCAAACUGGUUCACCAGUCGUCAUCGUCGCCGUGUUUCGUGUCAGUAAUAGUGGAAGGAAUAUUUGCACUUGCCUUUCUAGGUAGUUUUUGCCAUCCGUUGGCAAAGUUGUUGCCGCAGUGUCCGGGAACAAUCACGAAUUUCAAGUAGGACAUACAAAAGUGUGUUCGGGCAUCGAAAGUAUACGCCGUCAACGGAGAACAUCGACGUGCAGAAGAGAAACAACACUCCUUCCUCGGGUUCUCUACAGUGUUAUUCGAUUUAGCCGUGGAAAAGGCUUUGUGCCAGCGACUCCCUGCUCUUUUCAAAUUGAAAACAAGUGUUCUGCUUUACAUUUGAUCUAUUGUUUUUAUGCAACGUUCCCCCCAAGCCCCAUGUUAGGGAGUGGCUAGUGGAUGUGAAUAUCGGAGGACACAGCCCCCAAAACCAUAAGGAAUUAACGAUACAUGUUUGCUUGAGUGUACGUGUGCAUAUUUUUUUUGUUGUUGCAUCCAUUGCCGACAAGUGUGGCCCCACGGCCAACGCGUAUGCGGUAGCGCUGACGAACGACAUCCUUGGCUCCUCCAGGGUGACUCAGUGGUAGAGGGCUGCUGAGGUGAACAGGCCAACUACUGCCGUGUCAGGUGUCAGUCAGCGACCCUUCCUGGGCCUCGGACUGCCAACUCUUCGCAAGCAAAACAAUCACAACAACAGCAACAACCAAGAGGAGGAGAACGACGACAACGACGGCAAUGAAUCGAAGUGACGGGCUAGUGCGACGUGUAAAGGCACGCGACGCCGAAUCGAACGGUGGAUCUUCCUCGUCCGCGGCUAACAACGCCGAACAGGAGGAGAACAAAGUGGAGAAGGAGGAUGAUUUGGAUGACUGCGAUUCGAAGGAAACGAGGCUUACUCUGAUGGAGGAGGUGCUGCUGUUAGGGCUAAAGGAUAAAGAGGGUUACACAUCAUUCUGGAACGACUGCAUAUCGAGCGGACUGCGCGGAUGCAUUCUUAUCGAGCUGGGCCUUCGCGGGCGCAUCGAGCUGGAGCGGGCCGGUAUGCGACGGAAGGGACUUUGCACACGAAAAAUCAUUCUCAAAUCCGACACACCCACCGGUGAUGUACUGCUCGACGAGGCCUUGAAACACAUCAAAGAAACCUGCCCACCAGAAACAAUUCAGAGCUGGAUCGAAUAUCUCAGCGGAGAAACAUGGAAUCCACUAAAGAUACGCUAUCAGCUGAAAAAUGUCCGCGAAAGGCUGGCCAAAAAUCUAGUGGAAAAGGGCGUCCUAACAACGGAGAAACAAAAUUUUCUCCUCUUCGAUAUGACGACACAUCCACUCACUGAUAACGUUAUCAAGUGCCGGCUGGUCAAGAAGAUCCAGGAUGCGGUCCUCACGAAAUGGGUGAACGAUCCGCAGCGCAUCGGCAAACGAAUGCUAGCGCUCAUUCUGCUUGCGCACGCCAGCGACGUGCUGGAGAAUGCCUUCGCCCCGCUAAACGACGACGACUACGAACUCGCGAUGCGGCGGGUGCGGGAACUGCUCGAUUUGGACUUUGAGGCGGAGUCCGCCAAAUCGAACGCCAACGAAGUGAUUUGGGCCGUAUUCGCGGCGUUUACCAAGUAAGCAUACGCAAAUCCCUCGACAUCCGACACUGCACCAUCCGCGGCUCCGGGUUGGUUCAAUGCCGGUCAAGGGGUUUCUCCGCAUCAUAAAGGUGGUUGAUUAGAUUGGUGCUGCUCCGGAUGUCCAGUAGUGUGGCCCUUAAACCGCCCUCAUACUUCGUUGUGACAUACUGCAGCUCGCGUACGUUUGCUGCAUGAUAUCGGGCCAAGCGGAAACACCCGAACAAGACGUUCGAUGGAGGUUCCAUUCUAAUUUGUUUCCAUUUCAACAAAACUUCAUGAAAACGUUCUAUACAUCCAGCACAAAAAAAAAGUCUAUAGCUGGUACAAUUGUGAUUUUCAAUAGUGGUUAUACGCAAAAUAGGAGCUUUAAAAUAAUGGGCCUCUUAGAAGACUAGCAAUCGGAACUGCUGGCCCUUCCCUCUUUCAGCCCCAGACGCGAUGAUAAGAACGACCACAUGGAAAACGAACACAGAAACAGAACACACUUCCUCCGCCGGAAAUUAUUUGUUCAAAGCAAUAGAGAAUAGGCUGCAAUGAUUCCAGCUUGCGGCAGCUGGACAAACCGUAUGACCAACUGGGACAACAUAUGAGAAGGCGUGAUGCAAGAGUGUAUCUUAUCGAUGCCUUCAUUUUUCGAUUGUUUUUAUGUACUACUUAGAAAAUGGUGAUCACAUUUCCUCUCACGCGAGCCGGAAACAUCGAUGAUAGGUUUAAUAAGAAAUAAUUGUCAGCCGGAAGAAGAUAAACGCACGUGACGAGAGGAUAUGAUGGACCAAUGAUGAUAGUUCGCCGCUUGAUUCCGAUACCAAUACGGCCGUAACGCGAGGGAAUCUAAUUUCUUCGUGCAGUUACAAGCCUUUCUGUAAUUUUUAUUACGCUUUUGCUAGACAUACUUUUUUUGCAUUCAUCUUCGGUGAAAUUCGAUAUGAUGAUAAGAGAUAAAUUGAAGAAACUGAGGUUACGUUGGUGCAAGUAAAGCAAUUAAUAUUGUGAUUUCAAUAAUUUGAUGGCGCUCAUCUGUUGGUCUCCAUGGUGACCGUGGGAAAAAUGGGCGCUUUAUUUUACCAUUAAAAAUCACAACCAUCCUGGGUUAUCGUGUUUUAAGGUGUGUCGAUAGAAUCAAAGUUUCUUCACGCUAGAGAGGAGAAAAUACAGUGCAACUAAAAACUAGCCUAAACCUACCUAUCAAACAGUACUACUACACUAAACCCGAAUUGCCACAAGGGAAGAAGUUUUUUUUUACACUUUGCUAGUUAAACAAUUUUCCAAAUAUCGAUAAUGGUAAUUUAAAAGCAUAGCUAACCGAUUGAGAAAACAAGGAAAAAGCAUACACGUCCCACGACGCAUGAGCGUGGGCCAAAGAAGGAUAGGAAAAAAUAUACCAAUCUAAAUUAAAUCGAAUCAAUUCAACUGAAAUAUCCAAUACAUCUUGCAUCCUUCUACCAAAAAAACAAAAACAAACUAAUUCGACGAGCACUAUAUGUGUCGAGGUUAUUUGUUUAAGCCUUAUGUUUGUAGCUUAUCUUUUACAUCACGUGCCCGAGGCAACGUUUGGGAACAUAAUUUAUCGUAAAUCCCCGGAAUUAGUUCGAAUCUGUCGGAGACGUAUGCUGACACAUUAAGCAAAAGGAAGAGCAAAAACAAAUACGAAACAUUCUUCACUAUCGCGUUUAAGAAUAUCGCUAUUCUUUUCCUAUAUUUGUUUUGCGUUAUUGUUUUAGACAAUUUAUCGAUAGAUAUUUUUCCACAAUUUAUAGCCUAGAUUUACUGCUUUUUAAAGAACAUAGACUUAACACUAUCGUUUGGUAACAGGUCAAAAGAUAACCGAGUAAAUGUGAAAGCAAACACCAGAAACUAUGGGUUGAAAAAGCAAAACACACGGAACGAGAACGGAUGCGUUGUGCUGGAGUAUGGACGGAAGGUUUUAUUUCCUAUAACCUAGAACGAAGUAAAAUGAAAAUCAAACACACAAACUGUAUAUAGCAACACAGACAGCGUAGGGACGAACCUAUUGUUAAAAUAAAUAAGUAAACGAGAUAUGUAAAGAAAUAAAAGUAUAAAUCGGUUAAAAUCU